GUGGAUUGAUGUGCAAUGCAGAGAUCUCGUAAAGCUUUUCUGCAAAGAAGAGCUUUUGUGAAGAGUGGUUUCAAUGGGAGAAAUAAUUUAUGCAAAGUUUCACUUUCUUUAUUUAUUGUUUUAUGGGGGCUUUUCUUUCUCUUCAGCUUGUGGAUCAGCAAGGGUGAUGGCUAUAGAGAUGAAUCUCCUGAGCUUGCAGUUGGGGUAUCAACUUCAAAAGAAGAAAAUCUGGGGUUUUGCCAACUUCCUGAAUCCAUAGAGAAAAAUCCAUUUAGCGAUAUUGGUUCCGCCUCUUCAGAUGAAAGUUCUUGUACAGAAAGCACUGAAACCGAGAGUUCCAAUGAUGGGUUACUUGGCGAUGAAGGAAAUGUAAAUAAUACCUUUGUAUCUGAAAACCCUGAGGCAAACUCUAGUUCAGUUGUGAAUUCUGCAAAUAAUGAUUCGAAGGCUGAGAGACUACCUCAUUCUGUGCCCCUUGGUCUUGACGAAUUCAAAAGCAGAGCAUUCAGCUCUCGAAGUAAAUUGGGAACUGAUCAAGCUGGAGGUGUAAUUCAUAGAGUAGAGCCUGGUGGUAAAGAGUACAAUUACGCUUCUGCAUCCAAGGGAGCAAAGGUACUGGCCUUUAAUAAGGAAGCAAAGGGGGCCUCCAAUAUUUUAGGCAAAGACAAGGACAAGUACCUUCGAAAUCCAUGCUCUGCCGAAGAAAAAUUUGUUGUAAUAGAACUUUCAGAAGAAACCUUAGUAGAUACAGCUGUAAUAGCAAAUUUUGAGCACUAUUCUUCUAAUUUAAAAGAUUUUGAGCUUCUCGGAAGUUUGGUUUAUCCAACAGAUACGUGGAUCAGGCUCGGGAAUUUUACAGCUACUAAUGUUAAGCUAGCUCAGAGAUUUUCUCUUCAGGAACCGCAGUGGGUUAGGUAUCUCAGGCUGAAUCUUCUGAGCCAUUAUGGCUCAGAGUUUUAUUGUACUCUAAGUAUUAUUGAAGUUUAUGGAGUCGAUGCUGUUGAACGGAUGUUGGAAGAUUUGAUAUCUCUUCAAGAUAAUUUAUUUGUAGCCAAAGAGGAAACUGACGAUCAGAAACAGUUAUCCUCUCAAUCAGAGUCUACGCAAGUUGAUGAUGGUGACCUUGAACUGGGCUUAGAAACGGGAUCCGGUUUUUCAGCUGAAAACUCAAAUGUGAGAAACGAAGUUCCAAAGAAUAAAGUAACGGAUCCUGUGGAUGAAAUUCGUCAACAGCAAGGAGCCAGGAUGCCUGGGGAUACUGUUCUCAAAAUAUUGAUGCAGAAAGUGCGGUCUCUGGACAUAAGUUUAUCGGUGUUGGAGCGAUAUUUGGAAGAGUUGAAUUUCAAAUAUGGCAAUAUUUUUAAAGAUUUUGAUAAAGAUUUGGGAGAGAAAGAUAAACUCCUUGAAAAAAUUAGAUCCGACAUAAAGAAUCUUAUUGGCAGCAAAGAUCUCAUGGCUAAAGAUGUUGAGGAUCUUCUUUCUUGGAAAGCCCUUGUUUCUACACAAAUGGAUAAUCUCUUACAUGAUAAUGUUGCUCUCAGGUCAAUGGUUGAAGGAGUUCAAAAGAAUCAGACAUCUAUGGAAAACAAGGGUAUAGCAGUGUUUUUCAUAUGCCUAAUUUUUGGAUUUUUUGGUUUGAUGAGGGUAUUGGUAGAUAUGUUGGUGAGUGUUUAUAAUAAGGCAUCAAGUUUUGAAAGUAGAGAGAAUUGUAGGAAAUUUUGUUGGAUGAGCUGUUCCUGGCUUUUAUUAUUAUUCAGCUGUACCAUUAUGUUUAUAUUAUCAUUGUAAUUUAUUCCACUGCAUGUUGCAUUGCAGAGCUGCUUGUAAGGUUUUUGUUCUCUGAAAUCAUGAAAUACUAGAAUGACCAAAUUUUUUAA